AUGCUAUUGCCGGUGGUUGACCGCUACCUCCCCGUGUGGGCCAAGCUGCCGGCGUUCGCCGCCAAGCCGGCCUUCAUCUGGGCCGACGACGACGCGGCGUCGACACGCACCGCGCUGACCUACGCCCAGCUCGACGCCGCCGCCGGGCGCAUGGCGCGCAACCUCCUCGGCACUGUCGCCAGUCUCCGCCGGGGCGACGCCGUCCUUGUGCUCGCCUCGCCGGGCCUCCGCCUCGUCAAGCUCCUCUUCGCGUGCCAGCGCGCGGGGCUCACGGCGGUGCCCGUCGUGCCCCCCGACCCGGCCAGGUUCGACGGCCCCGCACACGCGCACCUCCUGCGCGCCGUGUCGCAGGUCAGGCCGACGGCCGCCGUCGCCGACGCAGGGUACAUCGACUCCGUCGCCAAGACGGUUGCUUCUUCCGUCGCCGCGGCCGGGGGAGACAACGCCCGGGCCCGGCUGGCUGCCAUGUUGGGGAGCCUGCGCUGGCUGGCCGUCGACGAGCUGGAGCGGGAGCGCGGCUGUGAUGGGCCGGAGGCGCCGUACGUGGGCUGUGGGUCGGACGACGUGUACCUGAUCCAGUACACGUCCGGAGCGACGGGCGUCCCGAGGCCCGUGGUGGUCACCGCGGGCUCGGCGGCCCACAACGUGCGGGCCGCGAGGAAGGCCUACGACCUGCACCCGGGCAGCGUCAUCGUGUCGUGGCUGCCGCAGUACCACGACUGCGGCCUCAUGUUCCUGCUGCUCACCGUCGUCGCCGGCGCCACCUGCGUGCUGGCCGCCCCGGGCGCCUUCCUCCGGCGCCCGCGCCUCUGGCUCGAGCUCGUCUCUGAGUUCAGGGCCACGUGCACGCCCGUGCCGUCGUUCGCGCUGCCGCUGGUGCUCCGGCGCGGCCGCGGACAUCGCCGCGAGCAGCGGCGGUCGCUUCAGCUCGGCAGCCUGCGCAACCUGAUACUCAUCAACGAGCCCAUCUACAAGUCGUGCGUCGACGAGUUCGUGGAGGCGUUCUGCUCCCACGGCCUGCGCGCCACGUCCGUCUCGCCGUCCUACGGCCUCGCGGAGAACUGCACCUUCGUGUCCACCGCGCGGCGGACGAGCGAGUGCUCCUCUGCUCGCCUCCCGUUUUACAUGAAGCUCCUGCCGUCGGCGAGGCUGUCGCCGCCGCCGUCCGCGGCGAACGAAGUGCCAGAGAUCGAGAUCGCCGUCGUGGACGAGGACACCGGAGAGCCGGUGGAGGACGGCGUGGAGGGGGAGAUAUGGGUGUCCUCGCCGAGCAACGCGUCGGGGUACCUCGGCCACCCGUCGGCGACCCGCGAGGUCUUCUGCGCGAGGGUGCCGGGGCGGGCCGGCGCGUGCUUCGUGCGCACGGGCGACCGCGGCGUGGUCAAGGGGGCAGAGCGAUACCUGUACGUCGUCGGCCGGAGCGCCGACUUCAUCGCGAUCGACGACGACGGCGGUGAACGGCGCCGCGUGCACGCGCACUACGUCGAGACGGCGGCCUUCGGCAGCGCGCCCGAUCGCCUGAGAGGCGGCUGCGUCGCAGCUUUCGCGACGUCGUCGACGCCGUGGCCACCUUCGCGGACCGGCGUCGUGGCCGUCCUCGCAGAGCUACAGAAGGGAAGCGCCGGUGGCGGCGAUCACAGGGGCCUGUGCGACGGAAUAAGGGCAGCAGUGUGGCGAGAAGAAGGUGUCAGGGUUGGUUUGGUUGUGCUGGUCGAUGGCGGGGUGGUGCCCAAGACGACGUCGGGGAAGCUACGCCGUGGCGCGGCGAGGGAGAUGCUGGCCGCCGGAAAGCUCCGGGUGGUCUUUGAAGCACGGUACGACGACGGUAACGGACCGGUGGCUGCGGUACUAGCCGAAGAGGAGAAGAUGGCGGCGAAGUCCGCAGCUAGUUGGCUGGCAGGAGAGGGCGGAGAGACUGGCAUGGCCACCGAAGCCUUCGGGAGCGCGAGCCCCCGCCUUCGCUUGCAGUCAUUUCUUUAG